UUUCCAGCGCUCCCUGAAUGCACCAUGACACUGGCCGCUAGCGUAGCCUGCUAAUUUAGCUAAUCUGAUUCAUCGUCUUGGUUGAGAGCACGUAACGUCAGCGAGGUUUUCCAAUUUUAGUUUCCCAUACUUGUCAUUCAGCGUAACAUCAAACAGUGUCUCGGUAGGAAAAUGGCGUCGCUUGGGGAGCCAGUACGUCUGGAGAGAGAUAUUAACCGUGCCAUUGAACUGCUUGACAAGCUUCAGAGGACAGGGGAGGUUCCUCCUCAGAAGUUGCAGGCCCUGCAGAGGGUCCUACAGAGUGAAUUCUGCAAUGCUGUCAGAGAAGUUUAUGAGCAUGUGUAUGAGACAGUGGACAUAAACAGCAGUCCUGAAGUCAGAGCAAAUGCUACAGCAAAGGCAACCGUAGCAGCUUUUGCAGCAAGUGAGGGACACUCACACCCACGUGUGGUGGAACUUCCUAAAACAGAAGAAGGCUUGGGAUUCAACAUAAUGGGCGGAAAGGAGCAAAACUCUCCCAUUUACAUCUCACGGAUCAUCCCAGCAGGCAUUGCCGACCGACACGGUGGCCUGAAGAGAGGUGAUCAGCUUCUCUCUGUCAAUGGGGUGAGCGUGGAAGGUGAGCACCACGAGAAAGCUGUGGAACUACUCAAAGCUGCUCAGGGCACAGUGAAGCUGGUAGUGAGGUACACUCCCAAAGUCCUCGAAGAGAUGGAGUCACGUUUUGAGAAAAUGAGGUCGGCGAAACGUCGGCAACAGAACAACUAUCCCCAGUAGUGUUGUUUCAUGUCGACGCCAGUUCUUACGGCUCUCCCCUUCCAGCCUUCAGGCCAUCUGUUCUGGUCUCUUUCUUAUAUUUAAACUCAAAAACAUUCUAACCUACAUACACACAGUUUUAGUUGAUUGACACAAAAGUAUAUAUGGUGUACUUUCUGCAGCAUUUUAAAUAUUCACCCAUGGUUACUGUCCUGGACACACAGCCAAGGCCACCUCCGUAACUGGGCAACAGAUUCAGGCUUGUAUUUUGUACUACAUUGGUCGUGUAAUAGAAAACCUCUAUGGAUGCACUUCCAUUCAAAACGUCUGACUUUGUCCUCAAUAAAGUUUCAGAAACACUUUAUUUCCACCACCUGAGUUGUCCAGUAUUCCAGCUGUCGUGUGUUUACCUGCUAGUGGUGCAGAAGUGGUGGAAAAACUUAUUGGGCUCAUAAUUGGAACGUCUCCUGUGUUCAUUUUGGAAUGUUUCUGCUCCAGCUCACGAUUGUCAGCUUAACUCACUAACACCUUGUGCAUUACUUUUGCAAUUGGCAGUUUAAAUGGUACUUUCACAACAACUUUAACAAGAAAGCUUUUCAACGCUGAAGCUGCUAUCAAGCGAAUAAGAGUUGACUGUGUUUUUUUUCCUCUCCUUUGUUUCUACUGAUUGUUCAUUACAGCGCUUUCUGCAGUUUAGAGGCAAUAACUGUAAACCUAUUUAAAGAGAAAUGUAAAUGUGAAAAAUGAAAGAAGCAGAUAUUUAUUAGUGAAGACUAAGAAAAGGUUUUGUAGCAUGCAUUGGUUUUAAGGUUUGGUGUGCCAUGCUACAACAAACUCAUCAAAAGUUGUAAUGAAUGUCUCCUUAUUCAUCUGAAUUUAUAAGCUAAAAUGAUACUGUAUGACCUUAACCAAGCAACAAAUAUGCUCAUGAUCACACACUGUAUGCAGCCACUGCAGUGUCUGCAGAAUAUUAGCAUAUUUAUUUACACUUAUUUUAUAACACAGCAUUCUUGAAAAGGAAUAACUAUAGGAAGCUUUGCAAAAGAAAAAUGUAUCUAAACAAUCGGCCAACGCUUUGCAUCACAACACAGUCAUGAUUUUGGCGUUUAGUAUUUUAGCCAUCCAGUGAAUAAUCAACGUCUGUAAUACACUAUCAUGAGUACAAAUGCAAAAUCUGUAGUUUCAUAUCAUUCUCAGAUAAUUCUUUCAUGACCUGUCAUGUUAUUAGCUAUUGAUUUAGCGCUACCACGAUGACCUAGUGUACCGUUUCAACGAAACAGUUGUUUUCUAAAUUACUAGUGGAAUGUAAAACAGUAAUUAUUUCAAAACACUGUCUUCUUUUUCCAAUAAAAUAAAAUGAUUUUAACAAGUUGAAAGAUUUUAUGUUGGAUUUUCCUAUGUAGUACAAAUAAUUCUGACGCUAAUUUGGAAAAAUCGUAUGAAAGGCUAGCUCACAAAAACAAAAUCGUAAUGUGCACUCCGAUCUAUGCAAAGUAUUUACAAAAUGGGGGCUAAUUAUCCUCAAUUGCUGCAAAAUAGUGUUUUAAUGUAGAAUGUAAAUCUAGAAUGUCUCCAAGAACUGUGCAAUGUUGAAUAUGAAGCAUACAUUCAACUAGCACAAAUACAUUUGAGUCACAAAAUUUUGGGAGAAUGUCAGGGGCUUCAAACCUCUACCAUUCAGUUGUUAGCUACAGUUCCUUGUGUUUCGGUGACACACCAUUUCGUGUACAUAGUUGGUGGAAUGUUAUAGUAUAUGUUUAGUUUUUAUUGGUUUAUCCCACAGCAGCAUGUUAGAUUUCCUGCUCACACGCAGUUUUAACACACACUGAAUGUCACUGUCCAUCACCUGAUGUUGUUAAUCAACUUAACUCUAGCCAUUUGACGCAAUCUUCCUAUUGGGACGGUCAAAAGAGUAUUUUUUAUAAUGGCUUUCUUUUGAUAUUUUUCUGAAUUUUUGUAAGUGUUUUUGCUAAUUAAAAAAAUCUAAGGACAUGGUGAGUCUGUCUGUGCUGAGUGUGUAGCAGGGCUGUUGUCGGGCAGCAAUUGGAUGUCAGGACUCUGUAGAUAAACUGGCCUACUUCUACGCACCCUUCUGAGAUCUCGACUGGUCUUUGUGCUCUCUCAAUUCCAAGACGACAUUUCCAGCAUAUGUGAAGCAUUUGAUAAUGUUUUGAAAUACUUUAGUCGUGCUUAUUAAGGUUGUUUACCUGUAUAUUGUGUUGUUUGUGUUCUUUCUUUUUCUUAUUGACUGUGUGUGAUGUUCAUGUGGAAUGUAAAAUGUAGUAAUAAAAGUGAAAGUUAAAUAAAUAAAAGAAAUUUAAUCUUG